GUGAGGUUUGCUUCCGUCUUGGUGAGAGAGAGGUGACGCAUGAUAAGGUGAGGAUUGCUUCCGUCUCGGUGAGAGUAGAGAGAGGUGGCGUGGAGUUUACGGAGUUGUGCGUCUAGUCGAACGGAUCAUCCGACAUGGGUGAAGCAGACGAGAAAGUUCUGUCUUUGUGCGAAGAAUUCUGGCAAUGGAGGCUGGCUGACGACCCGGAAAUUGCCUCCUUUAUCGGGUUCUCAGAAUUUGCUGACAGAUGGCAGGACAUUAGCGAGAAAGCUUACCUCGAGAGAGAGGAACGCAUCAAAGAAUUCUACACCAAGGCAGUGGCCAUAGACAGCAGUCACUGCAGUCCUGACAUUGCUCUUAGCCAUCGUUUGUUCGUUGAUGAUCUUUCCUCCUACCUCAAAGGAUCAGCGUUUAAAGGCUACCUAAUGCCAAUCAACAACAUUGACGGAAUUCAGUCAGAGGCCAGCAUCUUCAUCAGCUCUGUAAAUUACGACUCCGUGGAAGAUUACAAAAAGUACAUUUGCAGACUGAAGUCAUUACCGUUCAGGAUACAACAAGUGGAAGAAACUUUGAAGAGAGGAGUUGCACAAGGGAUUGUCCUCUAUCCCACUUCACUGAAUCAGGUGCUUGGACAGUUAGACACUCAAGGCAAUAAACCUGUGGAAGAACUCAACCUUUUAAAGCCAUGUUUAAAAGAACCACCGACUAUACCAGUCGCUGACUUGAAACAGUUCAAGGAAGAAGCCCGGAGCCUUCUUCUCAAUGGUGUGCAGUCAGCUUAUAGGUCGCUGAAAAAAUAUCUGGAGGAGGAGUACAUCCCACAAUGCCGAGCAAGCCCUGGUGUCUCGUCACUACCCAACGGUCAGCGCUGGUACCAGCAGUGCCUCGACUACCACCUCAGCUACGCAACCUCGCCUCAGGAAGUACACGAUCUUGGCUUGCAAGAAGUGGCCAGAAUUCAGAAACAAAUUGUUGAUGUCGCAAAACGGGAAGGUCUCACAACCGACAUCUCCAAAUUGAAACGAGAGAUUAUUGAAAGGCAGACUCUCUUUAAAACGAAGGAUGAAGCUCUUGACUUUGUGAAAGAUAUUUGCUACAACCGGAUCAGACCUCAGUUGCCAAAGUACUUCAAAAAUAUCCCUGAUAUACCUUUGAAGAUUAUAUUAGUGCCUGACUACAUUAAAGGCGUACCGCUAGGAUUUUACCAUGGAGGUACUCCUGAUGGAUCUCGGGAAGGAGCCUACAACCUCAAUACUGAAGAUCUCUCAAAAUGCCUGCCAUUCCUGCUUCCAUGUUUGUCGCUGCAUGAGGGCGAGCCAGGACACCACACACAGUUUGCGCAUGCAAUGACGGCACACCACUUACCCAACUUCCGACGCUACACAGAGGAAAGCAAGUACUAUCUUGCUCCAGGCAAAUAUGCCAAGCAUACAGCUUAUCUUGAAGGUUGGGGGCUGUAUGUGGAGGCUCUUGGCGAGGAGAUGGGCAUGUAUCUCGAUAACUAUGAGCUGCUAGGCCGCUACGGCUCCGAAGUAUUUCGAGCUGCCCGUAUGGUUGUGGACACGGGCCUACACGCUUUUGGCUGGAGUCGAACCCAGGCCAUUCAGUACAUGUUGAACAACACGAUGCUUGAGGAGUCUGGGGCAGCCAGGGAAAUUGAUCGCUACAUCACUUGGCCAGCACAGUCUUGUGCUUACAAGUAUGGAGAAUUAAAAAUCUGGGAGAUGAGGAGGCGAGCAGAAAAGGAAUUAGGAAUGGACUUUGACAUCCGGGAGUUUCACUAUCGCCUUUUGUCGUGCGGGGCCGUGCCACUUACAGAACUGGAAGAAAUUGUUAACCAGUUCAUUGCAGAGACAAAGAUGUGAAUGGCAGUAUCAGCUUCUGCAACUAAAAUAACCACACCAACAUUAACUGCUUUAUGAUAUAUAAGGUAUAAAAGAGGGAAAGGAAAAGAGCCGCUCUGAUGUCUAGAAUAAGAGGAAAGUUGUAGGGUACCAUUAGGAUAUUAAGUGGAAAUUCAAUGUGUAUGCACACACACACACACAUGCAGGUGCGUGUGCACGUGCAUACAUACACACUCAUAUACACAA